GGAUUCGAGUUGGUCUGACAAUAAUAAAUUUUUGCAGUUCACACUUCCACAGUUUUUGCAAAUUGCAAUAGUUUGCAUAGUGUAAAGAUAUUUAAUUAAAUGUAGGAGGAGGAAUUUUUUGCAAGGAUUCGUAUUGUUACUAACUUGUGGAAAAGUUGGUCAUCUUGUGUUAGUUGAAAUGGGCGAAUUCCGUGGCUGCCUGAUUUGUCUGGAGCCUUGCACGGUGAAGAAAUGCGACGUGGAGGUUAUCAAGGACAAGGAACCAGAAAUUUGCACGGGACACAAUGAAGAAUUAAAUUUAAUGUUCAUUCUCAAAAAAGUUUUGAACGUUCCGAGCGAAUUGAUUGCACGGAACUUGAUAAAACAUGGGAGUCCCUCAGAGUGGGGGAUUUCUGUGUGUGGAUCGUGUAAACUGACGUAUCUUGAAAGAGCCAAGAUUUUGCACGAUGAAGCAACAAGUGUGGAAAUGGGAUUUAAAACGCUCCGAAAUCAGGUUGCGGAACAUAUAAGUAAUUCAAAAAUCAAUGAAGAAGUCGUCCCGGGUGGAACUGUGCCCCCUCCACGACCCCCACCAGUCAAAGGAAGAGGAAAACGGAAAGGGGGAAGUGGUCAACCUAGCCCGGUUUUUAAUGAAAUAAGGUCAUGGGUCGUGCAAAAUGGCGACGACGAGGCCAAAAAGAAUGUCGAAAUAAUGGUGAAAGCUGCUGGUGGGAUUACGAACUACGUGGCCCAACUAGAUGCCGAAAAGACUUUUAAGACGUUGGGACCCGGGCGAAAACUUACGGAUACUUCCGAACCUAAAGCCGGACCUUCGUCGGCAAUUUGUGUUUCGAGCAAAGUACAAAUCGCAGUAGCUUCAUCGUCAUGUACAAAUACAAAUCAGUCAUCGUCGGCAUCGAUGUCAUCAUCAUCGACAGGAAAUUUACCGAGUGGAGGAGGAAAUCCAAGUCAACCAUCUGCCGCGUCCCAGGCCGCCUCCGCCGCUGCGGCGGCUGCUUUGGCAAGAUUUGCAAAAUCUACGAAGCCUCAAGUAGAUUCAAAAGAGCUGUUAGCGUCGCGACAAUGCGCAUUUAUUAAAGAACAAGCCCGUAAAGAAUUGGAGGCAGAACAACAGACAUCCGAAAACGGUGGAGGAGAUUCAACUAAUGACAAUCAGCCGUGUACUUCCAGUGAUGCUGCCGGUAAAAAAGCGGAGAACGGUCACGUAGUCAUUGAUCCGGCGUGCUAUGCAGUUCAAGGAGUGUUCUACCGGUGUCCAGAAAUUGAGUGUCACACACCCGUCUCCAGAGCAGAGAUUGAUGACAAAAUCCGAGAAUAUUUAUUGAAACAGUUAAAAAAUAGUGAAGCCGACCAGUACCUAAUUCCGUGCCAAAUGAUUCACUCGUGCAACAAGCCGUUGGAGAGGGUGACCACCUGUAUCGACACGUUAUGGAACAUAUUAAACAAGAUAAUCCACAAUCCGACGGAACUAAAGUAUCAACAAAUCCGCUGUUUGAGUCAGGCCUUUCAAGAGAAAAUUCAUCCCGUCUUUGGCGGCGAGAUAUUUCUGAAGGCUGCCGCCUUCCAGAAAGUAUUGCUCCCGAACAAAUCCACUUUUAAUGAAGAGGAAGAAUAUUAUUGGGAAUUUAAUCCGGAAGAUGAUACCACUUUUGGGCCGGAGUUAAUGGUGCUCCGAGACUUGCUCAAAAGUACCGUUCCCAUCAAGCCAGAACUGGAUAGAAACGUCCAAGUCCUUCGAGCUCAACAGGUCGCGAUUAAAAGCGAGCUUCCCGAUGAAUUUUACACCCUCAGCAAGGAAGAAGUCAAACGUGAACAGCAAUUAAAGACUGAAACUGUCGAGCGUGAAUUGACCUUGCGGACGAAAGCGAUGCGCGACCGUGAUGCAACCAGAGAACUGCGGAUCUACCGUUUUGGCGUGAUGCGAAUUCGGUUUCCUGACUCGAAAAUUUUGCAGGGAACUUUCAGCGCAUCAGAUAAGCUCUCCAGCCUAUUCAAGUUUGUCAGGAAAUACUUAGUGUCUGCCGAACUUGAAGAGUUUGACCUAAUUCAACCCGGUGGAGAAACGCUCAACAAGUUCGACAUGGAGACGCGACUCUCCGAAUUGAAAUUGCUGCCUUCGUCGGUGCUCAUGUUCAAAUUGGAGCACACUCCGGAAGCCCUCAUGUCUGGCGAAGUUUCCUAUCUCAAUCCAGAUCUGCUCAUGAAAUGGGAGAUGUUGUAACAAUAAUUAUAGAAAAAUUCUACAAAAAAUAGGAGUAGUUUAGUUAGUUGCUCGAUCGAAUACAUAAUUUGCUACCUUUGAAUACAAACAUUUUCUAUGCAAAUGAGAUAGAUAGAUAUAUUUUGAUACAUAUUUACCUACAUAAAUAUUUAAUCAGUGGAUAUUAUGUAUCGUCCUAAAUUUAGUACAAAGUUACAAAAGUAUGUACUUUCUAUUACCUGGGUGAACUUGGAGGUAGCAAUCUUACAUAUAUGUAGUUCUAUACAUUUGUUUAGUUCAGUGCAAAGGUGGGCAAAAUAUAAGUACGUUACUAUUUAUUUUGGGCUCAGUUGUUCCCAGGGUUUGGAUUUCCGGGGCUGUUAUACCCAUAAAAAGACGAAAAGAUACGUGGGGAAGGCAAUAAUCAGUCGAAAAUGCAGGUUUUGUGAAGAAAUUAACUUUUUAUCGCUGUCAAAAACCGUGAAAACGAUGUAUUUUCACAGUUAAUUUCUUCGCAAAACCUGCAUUUUCGUGUGACUGUUUCUUUCUCCACGUGGAUUUUCGAAGUCUUUUUGUGGGUGUGACAGCCUCGGAAAUCUAAACCUUGGGAGGAACAGGGCUCAAAAUAUUUGCUCUAUCUUGCCCACCCUUGUUAAAUUGUGCAAUUAACUAUCCACACACAUAUAUGGCUGCCUAUUUAAUUCUAUUAAAAUACGUAAGAAAAAGUUUGCACGUGUUUACAACAUGAACUCGUAUUGAUGAAUUGAUUGCAAGAGAAAGUUAGUUUUCUCUUGAUAAAUAGUUGAUGAAUUAAUGAUACAAUGCUGAAAUUAUGGGGUUAUGUAUUUCAAUCUGAUAUAAGAAUAAAUUCAUUCAACCGGAA